ACUGAGCCUCCUCGAGGUGUUCCAACAUGGCGGCCAGUAGUUGUUGUGUUGGCAUUAUGUUUGCCUAGAUAUCGCCAGUAUCCAAGCUUCUGUUGCAUCAAAAUUGCCAUGUAACACAAUUCCCAUUGUGUGAAAGGCUGCAGAAGCAGUAGAGAAGGUUUCGUGAGUGACAGAACGAUUUAUUGUAGUUGAACGGAGGGUGUAACGUUACCAGGUCAAACAUAGCCUGUUUGAUAGUGAUAGGUGAAGUUCUUCGAGCCACAACAGUUUUGUCGGACUGAAGCCAAAAUGUCGUUCUUCGUGGAUUCCUGCAUUAUGUUUACUACCCAGGCUUUCUUCUUUGGGUUUGGCUGGUUGUUCUUCAUGAGGCAACUCUUCAAGGACUAUGAAAUCCACCACAGGGUGGUGCAGCUGACCUUUGCUGUGACCUUUGCCCUAUCCUGCACCAUGUUUGAACUCAUCAUUUUUGAGAUUGUGGGAUUUCUGAACUCCAGCAGCAGAUAUUUCCACUGGAAGUUGGACCUGUAUGCAAUGCUGUUUUCUCUCAUCUUCCUGCUGCCAUUUUACAUUGCCUACUUCAUAGUCAGCAACCUAAGGUUUGUCCAGUCCUUUCAGCGCAGACGUCUGAUUGUGUGGCUCACCGUGGGGGUUUGGCUCACCUUUAUGUACUUCUUCUGGAAACUUGGAGACCCCUUUCCUAUCCUCAGUGCCAAGCAUGGCAUCUUCUCAAUUGAACAAGGCAUCAGCCGUGUGGGAGUGAUCGGUGUGACCCUCAUGGCCCUGCUGUCAGGGUUUGGUGCCGUCAACUGUCCCUACACCUACAUGGAGUACUUCCUCCGCCACGUCACCGACACCGACAUCCAGUCCCACGAGCGCCGUCUCCUCCAGAACAUGGAGAUCAUCCUCACCAAGAAGAAACGUAUCGCGCUGGCGAAGCGGGAGACGAGACAGGCGGGUCCCGGGACGCAGCGGCAGGGAAUCUGGGGGAUGCUGAAGAACGUGACGACGAGUUUGCCCGCGGGAGAGAACGUGCGACAGCUGCAGCAGGACGUGGAGGCGCUGGAGGAGCUCAGUCGGCAGCUGUUCCUGGAGGUCGUCGACCUGCACGAACAACGGGAGCGCAUCGCGUACUCCAAAACCCUGAAGGGGAAGUACUUCAACAUCAUGGGGUACUUCUUCUCUCUGUACUGCAUGUGGAAAAUCUUCAUCUCCACGGUGAACAUCGUGUUUGAUCGCGUGGGGAAGACGGACCCGAUCACCCGCGGGAUCGAGAUCGUGGUGGUCUACCUGGGGUUCCAGUUUGAUGUGAAGUUCUGGUCACAGCACAUCUCCUUCCUGCUGGUGGGCAUCCUCAUCGUCACGUCCAUCCGCGGACUUCUCAUCACCAUGACCAAGUUCUUCUACGCCAUCGCGAGCAGCAAGUCUUCCAACAUCAUCGUGCUCCUGUUUGCAGAGAUUAUGGGCAUGUACUUCAUCUCCUCCGUCCUCCUGAUGAGGAUGAACAUGCCUGAGGAGUACAGACUCAUCAUCACAGAGGUGUUAGGAGACCUGCAGUUUAACUUCUACCACCGAUGGUUCGAUGUGAUCUUCCUGGUCAGUGCCCUGUCCAGUAUAGGAUUCCUGUACCUGGCACACAAACAGGCCCCAGAGAAACACAUGAUGCAGAGCAUGUAUUGACAAGAAAAAAGAUUUUCUCUUUAUAUGGUAUCAUGUACACUGUUAUAAAGUUGGAUGUUGGGUCUUGACUUUAACUUUUCUAGGAAUUAAGUGGCAUCAGACCUUGACAAUGUCUAUGAAUGAUGGUAAUUACUCUUGUGCCAGAAGAAAUAAAAUUCUCCAAACUAUACACGAAAGUAG